AUGGGUCUUUUUCCACCAACUGUGUUUGGAGCCACUACACGCUUGGUGGUUAAAAUUAUAAACAAUAGUGAUAAACUUUUGCGAUAUGAAUGGAGGCAAUUUUCAUCUGAAGAGCAAGAAAAUACCUUAUUUUCCGGUUUAGAUGAUUUAUCACCACAGUAUCGACAAAACAAAGCAGAAAAUCUUGUUUUUAAAUCAAAAAUUUUCAAAUUCGAAAAUUCAAGUUCGGAAAUUUGGCCUAAAAGAUACCAACAAGUCAUUGUUUCGUUUACACCAAUGCAAAAAGAACAAGUUAAUGAAACCGCAUACCUUUAUAAUAUAGAUACAAAAGAAAGGAUUCCAUUCCCUCUUCAAGGAUCAGGAAUUCCACCUCAUGCAGAGAUAAAUUUAGAAUCUAUCAAUGCUGGUCAUAUCAGUUUUGACAAAUCCUACGAAUAUGAAAUAUUAUUAAGAAAUAACGGAAUGAUACCUUUCGACUAUGAAAUAAAUGAUUACAAAGACAGACAGAUCGGUUUUGAAUUCAAUCCAGAUCGCGGAAGUCUAAAUGUUGGACAAACAAUACCAAUACACAUCAAUGUAAUUGCAAAUCAUAUUGGACUUUUUAAUGAGAUAUUUAAUAUAUCAAUUAUAGGUGCAGAAUACAUGUCUCCAUCACUUGUGAUAAGAGGACGCGUUAUUGGACCAACAUUUGACAUUUCUCCAAAAACAAUAAAUUUUGGAACAGUUUCUUUUGGAUUUUUAUAUACACAAACACUUGAAAUCACAAAUGAUAGUGAAAUACCAUUUAAUUAUGACCUUGCAAUCCACCAAGAUCCAACUUUUGAUCUUCGAGAAAUUUCGAUUUUACCAAACCAUGGAACAGUUCAAGGAUUCGCAAAACAGAAGCUGAAACUAGAAUUUCUACCAAACACACUUCGCAAUUACGAUCUUUCUCUCCAACUUACAAGUCCAGAAUACGAAAAAGUCCUUCAAACAAUUCCAAUAAAAGCUGAAUGUAUUUGUCCUGAAGUUUCAAUUAUUAAACCAGAGAUUGAUGUUGGCCAAGUGUUUAUUAACAAGAGAACACCAUUAACUGUUAAAAUAUGCAACAGAACAGGCUUCCCGGCCAAAUAUGAGUUCAUUGAACCAACAGAUCCAACAAUUUUGGAAGCAAAUUUCGAAAUAGAAAAGCGAACAGGAGACAUUCCAGCAAUGAAGCUUACAGAAGUAAAGUUCUAUAUUACUCCUAAAAUAAUAGGCAGUAUACAUUUAGUAAGAUUCAUUAAGAUACUAGGAAGUAACAUGAAUCCUUUAUCAUUUUAUGUAAACGCAAAUUCGAUUGGUCCAAUAAUCAAUUAUGCAGAAAAAGAAAUUGAUUUUGGAAUCCAAAAUGUUUUGAUUGAAAAUAAUCAUGAAAUUGUGUUCGAAAACAAAAGCGCUAUAUCUGCAGAUUAUAAAGUACAAGUCAGAGGAAGAUGCUUUUCAAUAAAUGAAUAUGAAGGUUCAAUUCCUCCAAACUCUUCACAUUCAUUUAAUGUUGUUGCAAAAUUAACUGAUGCACAAUUAUUUACAGGAGAAUUUUAUAUCAUUAUUGAACAUUUAACUCCUAUAACUAUUCCUAUGAAAGCAAGAGGAAAAGGAUCUCCAAUCAUUUCAUCGAUUGACAUGAACAAAAUUGAUUUUGGAUAUUCUUUUGUUGAUGAUAUUGUUUCCAAAAGUUUUGUUUUGACAAAUUUUGGAACAAAACCAUUAGAAGUUAAAUGGGAUUCUAGAAGAACAAACAGAAGAGAUCUUAAACUUUCUAUUGAACCAGAUAUUAAAGUUAUAUAUCCCAACGAAAAGAUUCCUUAUACUAUUUCUUUGACAUCAAAUAUUCCAAAUGAAUUCAACAUCAAAGCUGUUUGUUCUCAAUUAUCUUCAAAGAAAACAUUAGAAAUAUUUAAUACAGAACUUUGUGGAAAGUUUAUUUGUCAUUCAUUAUCAUUCUCCAAGAACGCAAUGUACUUCAAUUAUGUUCACGAUGCUAUUCAAGAAGAAACAUUAAAUAACAAUGACAUGAAACCAUCAAAAUCUUUGUUAAUGGCAAUGUAUCAAACAAACACAGUAAUGAACAAAGGUGAAUUGCCAUUAGAUAUAUACAUUGAAUGCCAAGAACCUUUCUCGGUUAGUCCAAAUAGAUUAAACACACAACCUGGACAAAGUUAUGAUAUUGAUGUGAUUUUUGAUCCAAGUUUUAAGGAAGAUUUCAGUUCCGAAACAAUUACUCAAACAAUGAACUUCAUUAUUGAGAACAAUCCACAUACAUUUACUGUUGACUUGAUAGCAAACAUGAUGUUCCCUAAUUUAUCAUUCGAUUUCCCUCAAAACAAAGAAAUUGAUUUCGGAUUAUUGCUGAAAAAUACUGAAGGACAAAAAUCAUAUAAAAUGAAGAAUACAAGUAAAGUUGACGUUGAAUAUGAAUGGACUUUAUUGUAUGACGACAAUGAUAUUGAUAUAUCUACCGUGUUCGAUAUCUGUCCUAUAAGAGGAACAUUAAAACCAAAUGAAACAGUCAAUAUAAAUGUUUCUUUUUACUCAAAAGUGUCAGAAACAAAAUCAGAUUUCCAAAUCAAUGCAGUUUGUCACGUAAUUGGUGGUCCUGAUUAUGUUUUCAAACUGAUGGGAAGAAGUGCUGAUAUAGAUUACAAAGUCAAUCCCACAGAAAUUGAUUUUGGAGAUAGAAGCUACAUAGACAAUUUGACUAGUAUUGUAAUAAUAGAAAAUACAAGUCAAGUUAAUCUUCCUUUCCAUGUUAAAACUCCUUAUAGAUCCGGUUUUAGCCAGUUCGUUGUUGAACCAUCAAAUGGAGUAUUAAGUCCUGGAGAAAUGAAGACUUUAAACGUUUCUUUAGUUGCAGGAGUUCCUUUACAAUUAAAAGAAUGUUUUAAUAUUUGUUUUGAUGAAUUCCAAGAGGUUGAAAUACAAGUUCAAGUCAACUCUUUCAUUUUUCAACUUCAAACUAAUAUUCCAAGAGCUAGUGAUGAUCCUUUAUACCAGAUCUUCAUGAAAAAACCAAGAAGAAAUGUAUUCAAAAUCCUCCAAGCUAAUGAAAUAUCAAGAGAACAUUAUUCAAACAUAGAAUAUGAUAUGAUGAAAGAUAGAUUAUUAGAAAAAGUUCCAAAAACAAGAUCAGUUGUUCAAAAGCAUGGAUUAAAAACAUUCCAAGGCAGAUACAACUCAAAGUUUGUUAUUGAUAUGGGAACAAUUAUUUUAGGAGAUUCAAAAGAGAUGUCUUUUGAUUUCAAUUCAAUUGUUCCUUUUCCAAUUUCUUUUGAAAUUUUUGAUUCAAACUUAAUUGAUACCGGAUUUUAUGUGAAACAAACUAAUUUCACAAAUAUAAGCAAGGAUGAUGGAUUCAGUGUUGCAUUUGGAUUUGAUACAAAGAAGAGAAAGGAUGACAAAACAGAUGAUGUUAUUUAUGAUGUUCCUUUAGUUUUUAAUGAUGAAUCGGCUUAUUUGAUUCAAAUAAAAGCAAAAUUAGAGAGUCCAGCAUUGGAAUUUUCAACGAAUCAUUUAGAUUUCGAACAGACAAUUAUUGGUCAGAAGAGAAUCAAAUCUGUUCAAAUAAGGAAUAACAAUGCUUUGCCAAUUGAUUUCACGAUUUCUCCUUGUGAAUCUCCAUCAAUUAUUCAUAAACUUAGGAAAGAAGAUAAUCCAUUUAAAUGCUCAACAACAACUUGUUCUUUACCACCAAAUAAUUUCAUUAAUAUUAAUGUAACAUUCUCACCUACACAAGAAAAGAAUUAUUCAAUGCAAUUCCCAAUUACAAUCAAACACAGUUCACAAACAAUGUAUUUAACAGUUAAAGGAAGUGGAUCUCAAUUAAAACUUGUUUUUGAUCCACCAGAAUUAUGUUUCCAGCCAACGAAACCUUUCUCUGAUAAACUAUUCAUGGACUUCAAGAUGAUCAAUCCAACAAAUAGUCCAAUAACUGUAUACUCAAAUCAAUUUGAUUUCCAAAUGUUGUAUGAACAAGUAAUGGCUGGAAAAAGUACAAUGUUGACUGUGAAUUCAACAGAAUCCAAUUUAAUUUUAGAAUCAAACAAAGAUGUUGUAAGUAAUUUCGCUGUUUGUAUCAUAGUACAUGGAGUUACAAAGAGUGGAAAAACAACAUGCGCAAAGAGAAUUGCUAAAUAUCUUGGCUUGGAAAUCCUUGAUUUACAAGAAUUAUUCAUGGGAAAACAAACUCAAGGAGAAUGUGUUGAAAUUCUCACAGAAAGACUUAAACAAAAGAAAUAUAUCAAAGGCUUCAUUGUUGAUGGAUUAAACGGUAUGCCAGAUCCACAAGAAACAGAUCAAUUUCUUGCCCAAACUCUUAAACACAAAGGAGUUUUAGAUGAAAUUGCAAAAGAUCCAUUCAUUGCAUUUCCUCAUAAUUUUCAAACUGGUUAUGAACAAACAUUGAGUUUGUUGCUUAGUUGUUUAACAGGACAUUUUGUUUUUGGCGUUUUCCUGCAAGCAUCAGAUGCUGAUAUUAACUUGCAUGAAAUUGAUUUCAACUCUGAAAUCCAAUAUAACGAGCAAGUGAUGAAAAAUCAAGAUCUUGAGAGAUACUUAAAUAUGGAUGAAGAAGAGUAUUCACAACUAACUAAGAUAGAACAAAUUGUUGCUGAUAGGUACAGAACUGAAUACAGAAUGAAGUUCUUGCCUCCAAAAGAAAUAAAGCCUCAGCCAACUAAAGCACAAAUUAAAUCAAAUGCUUCAAAAUCAAACCUCAAAUCAGGAUCAAGAGCUUCUUUGAAAUCACAAAAAUCAACAGCAAGUUUGAAAGGUUUGAACGCAAUUAAAAGUAGAACGAGACUGAAAUUAGGUGAAAAAGAAAAAAUUAACCAUGUUUAUAAUUUCACUCUCGGUACAAUUGCUCAAAGAAUAAAUGAAGAUUGCGAUCAAUACCAUGCAAUUGAUCCUUUAAGUUACAGAAAAGGAGAUGAAAUCGUUGAGGUUACUUAUCCUCAUAAAGGAAACUGCCUUUUGAUAAAUACAGGCGAAACUCCUUAUCAAAACGAAAAGUCAUGGAAAUCUUUCAUCCCUGAUUUAGACAAAUUAAGAUUAAGGAUAUUAGUUAACUUGUUACAGCCAAUGAGAUUAAUUGUUCCUAGUAUGGAUCCAGAUGAAAAAAUGCCUCAUCUUGAAAUACCUCCAAGUAAUUUCGGAAUUUGGAAUGAUGAAGCUCCAGCAAUUCCUCAACAAACUCCGAAACCUCCUCCACCACAGAACUUAAAGAAGGCAAGAAUGUCUAGAAGAGAAAAGAGAAUUGAGUCAGAACUAAGCGCUAAUAAAUCAGAAGAUGAAGCCGCUUUGUUUGAAGAUUACAAUUUAAUUAGAUAUACAAAGAGAUGGGAAAUAAAUCCAGGAGAAAGUGUUUCAUUAAAGGCAUAUUUCAAUGGAGUUCUCGAAGGCGAAUACAUUGACAUUCUAAGGUUUUCAAUCUUAGAUGCAGCUAAUAACAUUUUCUCUUUGCCAAUGAAAGCGAACGUUACUUCUCCUGAUAUAGAUAGAGAUCCAACAUCUUUGUUCUCGAAAGUUGUUCCGAAAUUAGGAUUGAAAACAAAAAGUUCAUUCAUUUCGAGUUUGAAUGAAUUUCAUUUUGGUCCAAUAAAUCCUUCCUUAGUUAAGCCAGGAUCAAAAGGAUUCAAACCUGCUUACAAUGAGAUUUUAACAAUAAAGAACAACUCACCAAUGGAGACAAUUAUUAUGCCAUACAUCUCUUCAAAUGCUCCGAAAAAUACUUGGUUUGUUGAAACAAAAGAAUUCACAAUACAACCAAAUGAAAAAUAUCAAUAUAAAAUUGGUUUCAAUCCAAUGAAUAUUGAGUUAUACAAGGCAACAAUUUCAUUCUUCAUUAAAGACAAUCCAAAGCCUUUGAUCACACAUUUCGUUGCAGAUGUAACAAAUCCAACAAUUGAACCUUCUGUUCAAGUUUUAGAUUUCGAAAAAUUGUUGCCAAAACAAGAAAGAAAUUUGACUUUAGAGCUUCGAAAUAAUGGAAAAAUACCUUGCUACUUCAAGUUUAAGAAUAUCAAACAAAUAGGAAAUCAAUUUCAGUUCUCUUGCAAAGAAGGAUUGAUUCCAUUAAAAGGAACUUUCAAAGUCGAUAUCAAAUUUUCUUCUCCAAAACCAAUAAUAGUCAAAAAGACUUUGAUUAUUGAUGUUUAUGAUGAGAAACAGACAAAAGUUGCUAAUAACUAUAACAUUGGUAUUAAUGCCGAGACAUUCGAUACAUCCUUUGAUUUAAUUUAUCCUAAAGGAAUGUCAAUGUUAGAUUUUAAUGUCAUCAAAUGUAAUGAGAGCAAAAAUUUAGUUUGCACACUCAAAAACAAAGGAAAAUAUCCAUUACAUUAUAAAUUUGACUUAAAUAAGAACUUCCCUUACUUGAAGAUCUCUCAUUUGGAAGGAACAAUCUCUCCAUCAGAGAAACCUCUCGCAGUAACAUUUACUUUUUCUGCAAAGAAAAUUGUCAAAUUUGAAAACAAAAAAGUUUUGAAUUUGAUUGUUUGCGAUGAAGAUUUGAAGGAAAAGCAAAAUGUCAUGCCAAUUAUUUUGCAUGCAGAAACAACAAACUCUUUGUACGAGAUUUCUCCAACGAAUAUUUUGGACUUUGGACCCUGUAUAAUUAAUACUCCUGCACAAAAAUCAUUUACAAUCAAAAAUGUCGGUCAUUUUCCAUUCGAGUUUGAAAUUCACCAAGUAAUACCAGAAGAAAAUAAUGACGAUGCUGAAAAGCAAAGCACAGGUUCAAGGAGAUCAGCAAGGAGUAAUAAAGGAAAGCAAAAACCAAAAGUUAACAAACCAGCGAAAACGAAACAACAAAUGCCGAAAAAGAAUAAAAAAGGAAACCAAAAGAUCCAAUAUGGUCCAUUCUUAUUAUCUACUUGGUGGGGAAUUAUUAAUCCAAAUCAAACAGCAACAAUUACUGUUGACUUCGUGAAUUCUCUUCCUGUUUGUCAUUCAAUAAAUUUGCUUCUAAAAAUCACGGAUUGCCCAGUUCAAGAUGAGAAUGGAAUUCCUUACACAAUCAAGUCAGAAUGUUUCAUUCCAACAAUAGAAACAGAAGACUUCGAACAGAUCUUCAAAGGCCAGAGAUUGUGCUUGAGAGGUGAUUUGCUUGAUAAUGAUUGUACAGCAUUUCUUGAAGAUGAAAAAUGUUUGCAUUUCGCAGCUUUGAGAGUUAAAUCAGAGAGUACAGUACCAGUUUCGAUAAUAAAUAUACAACAAGUUCCUGUUUCAGUUGAUUUUACUCUCUCAGAGCCAAAAGGUUUCAAAAUUGACAAUGCGAAAUUGGAAAUUCCUGAAAAAGAAGAAGCAAUUUUGAAUGUUACUUUUUGUCCAAAUGAAAGCGGAACUUUUACAUCAAUUCUUCAAGGUGUUGUGAAAGCAUAUGGAAAGGAUCCUCCACAGACAAUGAGAAUCAUGCUGGAAGGCAAAGGAUCCCUUCCUUUGAUUGAGUUUGUUGAUGCGAAAUCGAAAUCUUAUAGUUUCGGAAGAACUUUGGUCGGAACACAAAAAGAACAUAAAGUUGCGAUAGCCAACAGAUCUCUUAUUGAUAGUAAUGUUACAUUCCAUGUUUCACCUAAUCCAGAUUUCAUAUUGGAAGGAUUAGAAGCAACGAAGCCAAUUAAUUUAAGACCAAAUGAAAUUUUCAAUUUCACUGUCAUAUUUAGACCAGAAAGAUCGAAACAUUCAAGCAUUUCUGUACAAGCUAAAGUAUUUGGAAACAUUUCAUCUAAUUUGUCAAUGGAUUACGAUGGAGAAGGAUUAAUAGAAGAUUUAAUUUUGGACGGAAAUGAUAUAGAAAAUGAUUCAUUAACUUUUGAUGAUGUAGUUGCAGGAACUAAAUGUACAAAGAAGUUCAUAAUGAAAAACGUCUGCGAGAAAGAUAUCAGAUAUCAAUGGAGUUGCCAGUCGCAGAAUGAUUUCAUUAUUGUUCCUUCUUGUGGUCAUCUUUUCUCCAAAAAUUCAAUCGAAGUUUUUGUUACUUAUCAAUCAGACAAACCAACAAAAUUGAACACAAAAAUGACUUGUUCAUGGAGUUAUAUAAAGCUUGAGAAGAAAGAGGCAUGGAAUGAUUCGAUGAAGGAGAGCAAGAUGAUAAUUGAUGAUGCAGUAAUUGUCGUUCAACCUCCUAAAGAAGCGAGAAGAUCCGCAAGAAGAAAAGGAGGUAUACAAAGACAAUCUUCAAAGAAUCUUCCUGUUGUCAAGUCAUUCACAUCAAAGAGAGUUGUUGUAACUAAACCAGAGCCAGCAUUCACAUAUGAUGGUCCUAAACAAAAAGAUAUUGUUCUUAAGUUGAUUGCUACUUCCGAUGUCAUCAAAACAAACAUCUCAGUUAAUGGUGAUAAAUCAGUUAAUUCACUCAAUUUCGCCCCAACAAUGAUGUUUGAAUCGAGAAGAACUCCAAUAGAAAUCAACAACCAGAGCAAAAUCGCUGUUAGAUAUAUGUGGAAAGUCAUCAAUUAUUCGACAAUGGAUGGUGAAAAACGUUGUCCGUUUUCUGUUGAUCCAUAUACAGGAAUUAUUCCUUCAAACACUGUUAAAUCAUUUGAUGUUGUGUUUAGUCCAACCGCUGUUGAUGAUUGCAGUUGCGACAUUUGCGUAGUUUUCGGUGAUGAAGCAAUAGAAACCUUUGAAAAGAUGAGUCAUGAUGAUUUACAGUUUAUAAAUGUGACGGGAUUAAGCCGAAGACCAAUUUGUCAUUUCGAUGUUAAACAGAGCGAUUAUCUUAAUAGAAGGCAUCCAGAUUAUACAUAUCAUUUGCCAGAAGAUGUCAAAGUUGUUGAAGUUUCAAGUAAAGAAGUUGGCGAAAAGGCUCAAUUGAAAUUUGGAAUAAUGAACACUACAAACAUGAUGUACGAAAGCUAUUGGCAUUUGGUAUCUGGUCAGGACGCAAUUUCAUGUGAAACACCAAUUCAAAUCAUUUCUUCUAAUAGAAGAUAUGAAAUGAUCUUUGAUUUUACACCAACAAGUGUCAAAACUAUUGAAACUCUUUGGGAGUUUAAAGUGCCUCAACACAAUGUUUGUGUGCCAUUCCUCAUUGUUGGAAAGGUUAUUCCUCAAUAA